GUUUGUUUAUUUAUUUAUUUAUUUGUAUAUCGAUUGAUUGCGUUUUAAUUACUGCCUUGUGACAGAGAGCGAGGGAGGAGGAGCGUCAGGGCCAGGCGCGCGCGUUGUGUUUGUGUGUGUGUGUGUGUGUGUGUGUGUGUGCGUGUGCGUGUGCGUGUGUGUGUGUGAGAGAGAGGGCUAGAGAGAGAGAGUGUGUUGCCUCGAUCCCAAUCACUUCCUCAUCUAUUUUGUUGUUUAUUUGUUUUUAAAUGAAGCGGUGCUCGACGCGCACGAGACGCGACGCGCUGCUGUGCGCGAGCCGAUGAGAUGUCCUACAUGUAGCCUUCAUGCAAAAGGAGGAGAGGGGAGCGCGUGCAGCUAAGAGACCAAAUACAAUAGAUCAAACCAAAUAAUAAUAAUAAUAAUAACAAUAGUGCAGAAGAGACUUUAUAACUCCGCUGGCCUUUCUUUCUUACACUAAUUUUCUACGUGGCAUCAUGAAUUGUUGGUGUUUUUUUUAGAUUUUGCAAAGCGAAUACCAAAGCUACACGAGCCGGUGAUGCUCCAACAGCGACUGUUCUCAUGCCUUCUUCUCACCUAUAGGAGAGACUAGAGGAGCGAGGAGAGAAAUAAGCCCCGGGGCCUCUAUGUUUACUCAAGGAGAACGUUUUACAGACGCAGGUGCACGAACGACUCGCAGCCUUUUAUUAUAAAGCGACUACAACACGCCUCGAAUUGUAACACAACUUUUCCCCCUGCAGAAGUGAGCGGUGCUCUCCUCUCUGUCCGUCUGUGUGUUGAGUCUGGACUGUAAAACCGCUGCUGCGCUCAAUAUAGGGACCAUCCGACCACCACAUGUAUGUUCUAUGCACAUUGACACCAAAUCUAACGCCGGCCACCAGUCCACCUCCACGCCUGUAAAUAAAAGUGGGCAGCCGGGCUACAUGUGUACACACCACACGGCGAACGUUGCGAGCUCUCCACGCCAAAUAUCCCCCCGAAGCUGCCGUGUACUACCAGAGGACCGGACGAAGCUGCAGAAGCUCCAGAAGAGGACCGAGCUCGUCACGGUGCUUCUGACACGUUACUCGCACCAAAACAAGACGCCGGAGGAAGAUCAUGUUUGUCCCCUUGCCGGUGCCGUUCGUGUUUCAGAGAACUGCCCCUGACCUCAACGCCUGGCGUCUCAAGUCCCCUCUGGCUCUGCGCUCCAACUCCGAUAUCAGGAUGUCAAAGCCAGGAGAGGUGGAGAAAGCGGGGGCUGACUCACCAUUGGAGGGCACAGAUUCUGAGCGGAACGGACCUGAAUCAAAUCACCAGUCAAUGAAAGUCAGUCCCUUCCCUCUGUCACCAAACCUGAGCAGCAGCAAGAAUAAGAUGGAGGAGUGUGGUGAGAUGUCCCCGGCCCUUCCUCACUGUCACGGCCCGACUCCCUCACAGACGGCCCUGCAACACACACAGCUCAUGCUGACUGGCUCCCAACUAGCAGGGUUGACAGCUCUGUUGCCUGCGCAGCAGCAGAUGUUGCUGCAGCAGGCUCAGGCGCAGCUCCUGGCUGCAGCUGUGCAACAGUCCAAUGCAGCCCACGCCGCUCACGCUGCCCACGCGGCUGCCCAAGCCAAUCAGCAAGCUCAGGCAGCAGCAGCAGUAGCAGCAGCAAAUCAGCAAGCCCAGCAGCAGCAGCAGCAGGCAGGACAAACGGGUCAGCAGGCUCAGUCACAGGGACAGGGCCAGAGCACACAGGAACAGACUGCCCAAAGUGUCCCACCCCCUCCACCCCAGCUCACCCUGUCCCAGCCAAUCCAGCUCACCGCCCAGGACAUCCAGCAGCUGCUGCAGCUCCAACAGUUGGUGUUGGUUCCCGGCCACUCGCUCCCAUCUCCUGCUCAGUUCCUCCUCCCGCAGGCACAGCAGGCCCAGCAAGGUGGGGACACCUCCUACAUGAAUAGACUCCUAUCGACACCAAAUCUUAUUACGCUACCUCAGCAAAACCAAGGAAGUCUGCUGUCUGCUCAGAAUAGAAUGGGACUCCAAGCACAGCGAGAUAAGAGCGUGGAUGUGAGCGGUGGUGGAGGCGUGACCACGAUGCCCUCAGUGACCCCUCACCCUGAGGAGCCCAGUGACCUGGAGGAGCUGGAACAGUUCGCCCGCACUUUCAAACAGAGACGCAUCAAACUGGGCUUCACACAGGGAGAUGUAGGUUUGGCCAUGGGGAAGCUGUACGGCAACGACUUCAGCCAGACGACCAUCUCCCGCUUUGAGGCCCUCAAUCUGAGCUUUAAGAACAUGUGCAAGCUGAAGCCGCUGCUGGAGAAGUGGCUCAACGAUGCAGAGACCAUGUCCAUAGACAGCACCCUGCCCAGCCCCAGCUCCCUGUCCUCUUCCUCUAUGGGCUUCGAGGGGAUGCCUGGUCGCCGCAGGAAGAAGAGAACCAGCAUCGAGACGAAUGUACGUGUGGCCCUGGAGCGCGCAUUCAUGACGAACCAGAAGCCUACCUCAGAGGAGAUCCUGCAGAUCGCCGAGCAGCUCAACAUGGAGAAGGAGGUGAUCCGAGUCUGGUUCUGCAACCGCCGGCAGAAAGAGAAGCGCAUCAAUCCCUGCAGUGCCACCCCUCCCCUGCCCAGCCAGCCCCCCACUGCCCCACCAGCGCACAAACAACCCUGCUACAGCCCUCACAUGAUGUCCAGCCAGCUGUCGCAGGCCGUGACCAGUCUUAGCAGCACAACAGUGACCACCAUGCCCUCCAUCUGCCCCCUGACCUCCAGCCUCACCUCCACCCACCCCUCCAUCAGCUCAAGCCACCUCGCUCUCAGCUGCUCACCCUCCUCGGUGACUCCUCCUCCCCGCAGCACGGCCAGCCCGGCCACUCCCAGCCACAGCACACUCAGCCUGAACACAGGCUUAUGGCGUAUGGGUAAAAAGAACGGUGACGUGUCUAACUACAUCACCGAUUUUGCUGCAAACUUGAGGAACACUGUGAUGGGAGUUAACACAGGGAUGAACCAAGCCCUCCUCGGUAACAAUCCCCUGGCCACUAUCCAAGCCCUAGCAGCCAGUGGUGGUCAGCUGCCUCUUUCCAGUCUUGAGGCGGCCAGUAAGAUGUUGCUGGGGGCCUCUGCGGGCCAGGGUGGCCUCCCCUCCUCCCUCUUCCUCAACCACCCUGCCUUCCUCCACAUGGGCCAGAACCCCGGCGCUGGACUGAUCAGCGCCGCCGUAGCCAAAGCCUCCCAGGUCUCCCCCUUCCUCUCCGCCAGCAGCAUCAGCCCCACACCCUGCUCCCCGUCCCCCUGCUCCAGCCCCGCCUCUUCCUGCUCCUCCAGCGAAAUGGCACACAGCCCGUCCCCUCUGGGCGGCGCUAAGAUCGAGUGACCACACCAAGGGCCAAUCAGAGAGGAGGAGGACAGAGGAAACGGGAACCUCGCCUUUCACACCAAAGCUAUCUCUUUCUCUCUCUUGCGCUCUUCUUCCAUAAUUAUUUUCUCGAUGGCUCUCGCUCUCUCUCUCUCCCAGUCUUUCGAUGCCAAAAAUAUACAGAAUGAAAGAGGAGAGAGGGAGGGAAAGAAGUGAAAGAGGGCAGAAGGGAGGGGAAAGGGGAACAUCGAAACCAAAAAUCUUUAUCUAUCAAAAACAGACGAAAAGGCGGCAACGUGGGACCUUUUUGUCAACAACGCGUGAUAUCGACAUGGCACCUCUCCACUCUUUCUCUCUAAAGGAAAACAAACCAAUGACUCUUUCACAAAAGAGACGGAAGAGACGGCGGAGAUGCAUGUCGACGAGCAUAAACCAAAAAUGACAAAAGAUAACUUUAAUAUGUGACAAAGGAAUGGCGGCAAGGACAAAAAAAAAUGGAGAGGAGGACUGUGCUUACAUUUUUCUUUUUCUUUUUUUUCGUAUUAUUUCGAAAAGCUGCGGGUCUGAAGGAAGAGGAGUCGGGAGGACAAGUUUAAACCAAAAAUUUACCUGAGGAGGAGGCGGAGGAGGAGGAAUACACAAUGACGAAAAAAAAGUCAACCAUACCAAAAUCCCAAAUACCAAAAAUACGGAGAGAAAAGCUUUAUUCAAAAAGGACAUGUAAAUACUGAAGCUAUCCAGGACCAGGACUCUACUGCUACUGCAACACACACACACACACACAUCCAGAGUCAACCAUCCUGUCAUCGACUCAUCCUGUCUGUGUCAGAUCAUGUGUCUCUCAUAGGUUUUCAUGCUAGAUUUUCUUCUUUGAAUAACUGUGUAACGUUCGAUUGCCAUUACUGCUGCAUCUUCAUGCGUUUAUAGUCUCUUUACCUACCUCUGGUUCUAAGAGCAUAGAGAGAGCUUUCCUCUUCUUUUUUUAUUUCAAACAUCCCUGACGGACUCUUCUUAUCCGUUUUUUUUUACACUUUGAGAAGUACAGUUGGGAUUUGUGUUUUUAAUAAUUUAUUAGUGCCAUUUUUCUUACUCUAUUUAUUGCUGCAGCUUUUUUUUUUAAUGUGUGUUAGCUUUUGUGGUUUUGACUCAUCAUCGUCAUUGUCAUCAUCUUCAUGUUUGUGUCUACGACGUGCGUUUUGUUCUUACGUGCUACGGAGAAGAUGGAGGUGACAAGACGCUCGUCUCAGUCCUCACCAAGUGCCGGUAGAUCCAAAAAAAAUAGAGUCGGCACACACUUUGCAGGUUGAUUUCAAGGUGUGAAUGAAUUUAUUAAAACCCUAAACAUGUGGCGUUCUGUGCUCUUAAUCAAACCACUCUUUCCUCACUCUUAAAGAUAACCCAUUAUCGGUGAGUCCAGGGCUAAAUGAACACGCCCUAGGAACUUCGCACAGCUUCGUUAAAGAGUGGUUGACCAUUUUGAAAGUAUGAAAUAGGGCUGUGAUUGAAGAUUCGAAGUAACAGCCGUUAAGACUGCAGGCUAAAUAAGUCAAUAAAGCCAAGUUUAGUCACA